AAAGUAAGCGGAUACAGCAAAGCAACCUUCGUCUUAAGACGCACGGGAAAGAAGAUGCCUUCCGAGCCACUUUUCCAGCCACCCCCGACCACUCUCCUCCAACCCAGUUCGAGCUCGGUCACGAAUGACGAUGUUUGGGUCGAAGCGGGUCCACCCAGCAUGCCCAGAUCUGACUUGACAGCGAUCCCCGAGCAGGGUCGGGGGCUUGGAUCGACAACAGCAGCCGAUGGCGUCCUUUCGACGAAUCCCAAUUAUGUGGCCCGCACGCAUACCCGUAACCGGUCCAGUGUGGAUGGCACCAAGUACAAGGACGGGCAAUGGUCGCCGGAGAACGAGAAGAUCGUGCUCGGUCCCUAUGACUAUAUGCUUCAGCACCCGGGCAAGGACAUUCGCCGACAGCUCAUCAACGCCUUCAAUGUAUGGCUGAAUGUGCCCCCGGAGAGCUUGACGAUCAUCACGAAGGUGGUGGCCAUGCUGCACACUGCCUCUUUACUAAUCGACGAUGUCGAAGAUAACUCGGUCCUCCGCCGCGGGAUCCCCGUGGCCCACAACAUCUACGGCACGGCGCAGACGAUCAACUCGGCCAACUACGUGUACUUCCUCGCGCUGCAGGAGGUGCAGAAGCUGCACAACCCGGCCGCCAUCGACAUCUACGUGCAGGAGCUGCUGAACCUGCACCGGGGGCAGGGCAUGGACCUGUUCUGGCGGGAGACGCUGACCUGCCCCACCGAGGAGGAGUACCUGGAGAUGGUCGGCAACAAGACGGGCGGGCUGUUCCGGCUGGCCGUGAAGCUGAUGCAGGCCGAGAGCGGCGCGGGCAAGGACUGCGUGAGUCUGGUCAACGUCAUGGGCCUGGUCUUCCAGAUCUGCGACGAUUACCUGAACCUCUCCAGCGGCACCUACACCAAGAACAAGGGCCUUUGCGAGGACCUCACCGAGGGCAAGUUCUCCUUCCCGAUCAUCCACAGCAUCCGCGCCCGACCGGGGGAUCACCAGCUGCUCAGCAUUCUCAAGCAGAAGACCACCGACGAGGAGGUCAAGCGCUACGCGGUGACGUACAUGGAGCGGACCGGCAGUUUUGCGCACACGCGGGACGUCGUCCGCGAACUGCGGGACAAGGCGUUGGCGCUCAUCACCGAGAUCGAUGGCCACGGGGCCUGCGACGAUGGCGCGAUGGUUCGUUCGAUUCUCAACAAGAUCACAGAAUCUACACUAGGGAAACCUCAAGAGUCCAAUUAAUAGGAGAGGGGAAAACUGGCAAUCCUAUUUCAUGCCACAAACCCGACAUGAUCCCAGGCCGUCGAAUUGGACGAUGGAGUUCGGACAUUCAUGUGGUGGUUCAAGCAAAGAGAGAUAAUGGAGAAACAUACAUGAUCUUGUGUAUUUAGCAGCGCUGAAUCAGAGAUUGCACACGUGAU